AUGUCAGAUAUAACCUUGUACAGCUGGCCCACGCCGAAUGGCAUUAAAGCUUCCAUUACCCUCGAAGAGCUCGGCCUAUCUUACAAGACCGUGCCAAUUGAUAUCAGCACUAACAUUCAAAAAGAGGCUUGGUUCCUGAAGAUCAAUCCAAAUGGCCGAAUCCCUGCAAUCACCGAUAAAUCACAGCGCGUAUUUGAAAGCGGCUCGAUCAUGCUCUACCUAGCUGAGAAGUAUGAUAUUGAUCGCAAGAUCAGCUAUGCGCCGGGAACACCCGAAUACAUUGAGCAGCUAAACUGGCUCAUGUUCCAAAUGGGUGGUAUCGGGCCUAUGCAAGGCCAAGCAAACCAUUUCCGCCUCUUUGCUGGUGCGCGUUCAGACUAUGGAAUCAAACGAUAUAUGGACGAGACGAAGCGUUUGUAUUCUGUUCUCGAAUCCCGGUUGCAGGAGAGCCCCUAUUUAGCCGGUGGUAAGUAUACCAUUGCGGAUAUUGCGAAUUUCUCGUGGGUUCGUAGCGCCCCUGGUGCGCUUGAGAUUGAUCUUGCUGAGUUCCCUGCUGUGAAGAAGUGGGUUGAUGAGAUUGAGAAGAGGGGUGCUGUGCGGAAGGGGGCUUAUAUUCCAGAUACUGGGCGUACGGAUGCGGAGAGAAAUGAGGGGUUUAAGAAUUCUCGGGCGAGAAUUGAUGCUAUGGAGAAUUCUGAUAAGCAUUAA